UGAAAUAAUUUAAUAAAUUGAAGGAAAUUCGGUCAGAGAACUGACCAUAUAAUGGAAAUAACUUCAAACUUUUAUAUAACUUUGUGUUAAGAUGAAGUACAAAGUAAAGUGUUUUAUUGUAUGUGUAAGACUGGAUGGCGAAUUCACUGACAUCGUGUACCAUACUUUUGGCAAAGGAUCUAAACAUGCUAAACUAGCCCAUGUGAUAAGUGCUAAAGAUGAUGUAAAAGAUGAACACAAUCGUUAUCCACAACGGAAAGUUAAAGAGUUUACAGAAAAUACUGAAGGAGAUUACACUCUUUUGCUAUCAGACUCUUCUACAGGCGAAUGUCAACAAACUUAUAACUUCUUUAUGACUUCCCUGAAGUUAGAUGCCCAUCUGGCCUCUUGUCUCAUAUUUGAGUUUAAACUUUUCCCACAAUUUAGGGAGAGAUUAUUUAAUUUUUUUAAACAGAAUUAUAACUAUCAAUACACUACUGUGAAUUUUAAGGAAAAGGACACAGAAGUACAAGCAACGAGAAAAGAGCAACAAAAAGAAAAUAUGAUUGUUGACUAUGUGGUGGAAGUUGACCCAGUUUAUCCCAAACAGAAAGUGGACUAUGCAUGGAGUUAUAAGUUAGGAGCCCAGACGGUCCGGAAAAUGCUGCUAGAGGAGGCAUUUGCCUGGUUUUCGACUCUUGGAGGGGCAUUCUCAUCGCUGGGUGACUGUUUUCCUAGAUUCGCAGAGGAGGCCGGGAGAAUCUCCAUGAAACAGCUGAAAAUAGCAGAGGAGGAGGAAAAUCCCAUUCUAGCAUGCAAAGCAAAGCUAUUUUUUGCCCAGAGUUUAAUGCAAAGAGGUUACAUUGCAGAGUCUCAGAGGAUAAUAUGGACCCAGACAAUUUUUGCCAAGAAAAUGAUAGGUGUGGAUAGUAAAUUGUUGACAAUGUGUCGAGCUCUGAGGAAACGAUUAAAAUAUGUCAAAAAUAACAUGUUAACUGUAUGAUCAAAUAUCAAAACUUAUUUGUUAGAAGUGUUUUAAUGCCAAUUACAGUUUUUAAAAGAAAUAAUUUU